GGAAUCCUUCCAGGAGCAUCCUGGGCGCCGCUGGCUGGACGGCUUCCUCUGGGAGCCUGGCAGAGAUUCUGAGAAGGAGAAUCUCUUUGUUGAUACUUUCCGCUUUCUGAACCCGAAUCAGGAUGAAGCCUACACUUGCUGGUGUAACGUAACAGGAUCCCGGCAUGUGAACUACGGUACCCGCAUUGACUACAUCCUGGCUGAUCGUGCACUGGCAUUGUUGGAACUGACCGAUGCCCAGAUUAUGCCAGAGGUGUUGGGCUCUGACCACUGUCCUGUCCAGGCUGUGCUGAAAAGUACCUGCUUAGCUGCCCCACGGUGUCCCCCGCUCUGUACCCGCUUCCUGCCUGAGUUUGCUGGCACCCAACAGAAGCUCAGCCGGUUUCUGGUCAAAGUGGAACAGACCCAACUGCCUGGGAAGGCGCAGAAACGGAGCAAAGCAGAGAGAACCGCCGUGGGGGAUUUGAAGAAAAGGCGGACCGGCCCAGCACAGGAAGGGCAAGGGGAUUUGCGUAGCUUCUUCAAAGCUGGGAACUUGGGUGCAGAGUCUGUAGAUGAUGGAAGGGGCCGGUCAGUUUUGAAUGUGGUCCAGAGGGCGGAAGCAGAAGAUUCUGGGAAACAGCCUCCUAUGGAGAGGGCUGAAAGGAUAGCUGAUAAAUGUGGGGUAGAGAAAGUCUCGGGGGUAACCCGGAUACCUGUCAAGAGUCCAAAGAAAGCACCCUCCAAAGGUGUGACCAGCAAGGCAGCUAUGAAUUGUGAGAAAAACACACCUCCCUCUACGCAAAACCAGUCUCUGUUGUGGAAGUCGCUGCUACCUGGCCCUGCACAGCCACCUUACUGCAAGGGCCACAAGGAGCCCUGUGUGUUGCGGACAGUGAAGAAACAAGGACCAAAUUGUGGACGGCGCUUCUUCGUCUGUGCCCGGCCUCUGGGGAAACCCUCGGAUCCCCGUGCACGGUGUGACUACUUCCUGUGGGCCAGCUAAGGCACUUCCUGAGUAGAGGCUGAAUCUGAUUUGUGUUUCGGGUGCUAUGUACUCCAUUUGAACUGCCCGGGCAGGCCACUCUGACUUGGGAUGAGUAACUCCCAAGUGGCUGCACGAGGUCAACAACGCAGAUUUUGUCCUGCUCAACAUGUCUCUUUUAUAUCACAGGGAUUUCUAAAAGGAUCCAGGCAACCUUUGAUCUCAGUCCUCUUUUCGCUGUUGUCCCAUUAAAAAUUUGAAUCUUUGUCAUUGCUGAGAAAUGACUCUCCUUUGUAGAAAACCCAAUUUAAAAAAAAAAAAAAAACAUUUGUU